AUAUUGUUCUCAGUGGACCUGCCCAGAAAGGCUGGUAAAGAGGAGUUGAGAAUUCCUCCUUCAACCAGGAACUCUCCAGAAGCCCAUGACAUUCCAUUUUGCUGGUUUAGUCUUAUGAGAAGCUACUGAAGCCUGAGAUCUUCCAGAUUUGAACCUUCGCACCCCUAAAGCACACCGCUCCUGGGAUUAGUUAACUGAAAGAAGAGUUCAGAAAAUUUCAGGGGACUGGAAGAAGAAUGCUCCGAGGCCGAUCUCUAUCUGUGGCAUCCCUCAGUGGGCUUCCUCAGUGGGAAGUUGAAGAACUUCCAGUGGAGGAUUUACUGCUCUUUGAAGUCGCUUGGGAAGUGACCAAUAAAGUUGGUGGCAUCUACACUGUGAUUCAGACAAAGGCCAGAACAACAGCAGAUGAAUGGGGAGACAAUUAUUUUCUGAUUGGUCCGUAUUUUGAGCAUAAUAUGAAGACUCAGGUAGAACAGUGUGAACCUUUAAAUGAUGCUGUUAGAAAAGCAGUGGAUGCAAUGAAUAAACAUGGCUGCCAGGUACAUUUUGGAAGAUGGCUGAUAGAAGGGAGUCCUUACGUGGUGCUCUUUGACAUAGGUUAUUCGGCUUGGAAUCUGGACAGGUGGAAGGGUGACCUCUGGGAAGCAUGCCAUGUCGGCAUCCCUUAUCACGACCGAGAAGCCAAUGAUAUGUUGAUUUUUGGAUCUUUAACUGCCUGGUUCUUAAAAGAGGUGACAGACCAUGCAGAAGGUAAACAUGUUAUUGCCCAAUUCCACGAAUGGCAGGCCGGAACAGGACUGGUCCUUUCUCGGGCCCGGAAACUUCCAAUCGCUACAAUAUUUACUACUCACGCCACACUGCUUGGGAGGUAUCUCUGUGCAGCAAACAUUGAUUUCUACAACCAUCUUGAUAAGUUUAACAUAGACAAAGAGGCUGGGGAAAGGCAGAUUUAUCAUCGGUAUUGCAUGGAGCGAGCCGCAGUCCAUUGUGCUCAUGUGUUCACCACAGUUUCUGAAAUAACAGCAAUAGAGGCAGAACACAUGCUGAGGAGAAAGCCUGAUGUAAUUACUCCAAAUGGCUUGAACGUUAAGAAAUUUUCAGCAGUACAUGAAUUUCAAAAUCUACAUGCAAUGUACAAAGCCAGGAUUCAAGAUUUUGUUCGAGGUCAUUUCUAUGGUCAUCUGGACUUUGAUCUUGAAAAGACUUUGUUCUUUUUCAUUGCUGGGAGGUAUGAGUUUUCAAAUAAAGGAGCUGACAUCUUCCUAGAAUCCUUAUCCAGGCUAAAUUUCUUGCUGAGGGUGCAUAAAAGUGACGUCACAGUGGUGGUGUUUUUCAUUAUGCCUGCCCAGACAAAUAAUUUCAAUGUGGAAACCCUGAAAGGCCAGGCAGUACGAAAACAGCUAUGGGACACUGCACAUUCAGUGAAGGAAAAGUUUGGAAAGAAACUCUAUGAUGCAUUAUUAAGAGGAGAAAUUCCUGACAUGAACAAUAUUUUGGAUCGAGAUGAUCUAACAAUUAUGAAAAGAGCCAUCUUUUCAACUCAGCGACAGUCUUUACCUCCAGUGACAACUCACAACAUGAUUGAUGACUCCACUGAUCCCAUCCUCAGCACCAUAAGACGGAUCGGACUUUUCAACGGCCGCACAGAUAGAGUCAAGGUUAUUUUGCACCCAGAGUUCCUAUCCUCCACCAGCCCCUUGUUACCUAUGGAUUAUGAAGAGUUCGUCCGAGGUUGUCAUCUUGGAGUAUUUCCAUCAUACUAUGAACCAUGGGGUUAUACCCCAGCUGAAUGCACUGUGAUGGGCAUCCCCAGUGUGACAACAAACCUCUCUGGCUUUGGCUGUUUCAUGCAGGAGCACGUGGCUGAUCCUACUGCCUAUGGUAUUUACAUCGUUGACAGGCGGUUCCGUUCUCCUGAUGAUUCUUGCAAUCAGUUGACUCAGUUUCUCUAUGGAUUUUGCAAACAGUCACGCCGCCAAAGAAUUAUCCAGAGAAACCGCACUGAGAGGCUCUCAGAUCUUCUGGACUGGAGAUACUUAGGCAGAUAUUACCAGCACGCCAGGCACUUGACAUUAAGCAGAGCCUUUCCAGAUAAAUUCUAUAUGGAACCUACAUCACCGCCAUCGACAGAAGGAUUUAAAUAUCCCAGGCCCUCCUCAGUACCACCUUCUCCUUCAGGGUCUCAGGUCUCCAGUCCUCAGAGCAGUGAUGUGGAAGAUGAAGAUGAGGAUGAGAGAUAUGAUGAAGAAGAGGAGGCAGAAAGGGAUCGGUUGAAUAUCAAGUCACCAUUUCCUUUGGGUCAUGUUCCUCAUGGCAAGAAAAAGCUUCAUGGUGAAUACAAGAACUGAAUUCCACAUUGUUGAACAGAACUAAUUUAGUGAGAACAGAGUAAGAAUGAUUAUUUAAGGAAAUGAAAAUGCCAUAAAUUCCACUUUCUUUUAAGUGUCACAGUGGGAUUUCUUCUGUGCCUAAAAAGUGGAGAUUAAAUUGAGUAGCAAUUUUAUAAUUUAUAAUAAAAUCCAAGUUAUUUUCUUCAACUCCUUUUCCCCAGUAAACUUAGGCAGGAGGAAGAGUGUUAAUUAAAGGAGGAAGGCAGAAAGUAUUUUUAAAAUGGUUAAUUUAAGCAAUAAGAAUUUCCGUUAACUCGUCUAUUUUCAAAUUAUCAUCACCAUAAUCCUUUGCUUGGUAUUUAUACAGCUUCUAUACCUACCAAACAAGUCUCCCAUUCUCACCCCAAAGGAUCUUGUUCUUAGCCAUGGAUGUGUACUUCAUACAUAUUUUAAAUAACUUGGUCUUUAUUUUCAUUUUCCACACGAGUCAGAAAUAUUAAUUUAUAUCUAGCUUUGCAGGCGAUCAAAAUCCAUAAGAAAAUAGCCAACCUAAAUCCAGAUCUUGAGAUAUAUUAGUGCAUAUUUACAAGAUUACUUCUCAAAUGAAUGACAGGAAGAUGUUAGCAUCAGCACUGUACCAUUUGACUAUAAUAUUUUUUUUUUGGUUUAAAAGGAAAGUCUUUUUGAAAAAUUGGUCAGUCUUCCACAGAUGAUAAAUUGUUAAAUCCAAAAUGAAUAAAUAUAUCAAUAUUUAAAUAUUUAACCUUCACUAAUAAUGCCGUCUUUAAAAUUCUUUUAGUCAUUUAAAUAAGACAACAUCUGUAAAGCACCUGCUAUGUAAUAAUGCCUUAUGAAGGACAUUUAAAAUUAUCUUUUAAAAAAGAUAACAAAAAGAAAAUUUAGAGUCUACUUUAUAGAAAGGACAGUGUCUCUAACACAUUCAUGAUGUGAUUAAAGACAUUAUCGAAUGAUUGUAAUUCAGCAUUUUCAUGUUUUAAGUGUAAUUAAAUCUAAAUUUGCGGGAAAAAAAAAAUCCACACUCUUGGAUUGCUUUUUUCACAACUGAGUAUUAUUACAUUUAGAUCAUAGUGAAUACCUUGGUUGGCAUAUCAGUUGACCUAGGUCAGUAGAGGCUCUAGAAAAGUUUUGGUCUUUUCAGUGCUGGAUCGUUGAUGGCAACAAAGGAAGAGUACAAUAACCGUGUGUCAGAUGGUUCAAGACCAGUGAAAAACUGUAAUCCAGCUCUCCUAUUGCCCCAUUUUUAGAAAAAAGUAGAAUGGUGGAUACAAGCAACAAAUCAGGGCAAAAUGGAAGAUGGUUGCAAGCUCACCUGAUUCAGGAAGAAGGGAAAUAAAUUUCGUAAAGCCCAACCCUUGAAAAGUACCCUAUGGAUACCAAUUAACUUAGUGUCUGCAGGGUAGUUUGGACAGCUUUACAUUGAAGAUUUGUAUUAUAAUACAUUCUUUUGCUGAUGUGCCGGAAAGAUCUCAUGAUAAAAAGGGGUUUCACUGUUAUAAUAACCAUGAAAAUGUAUCCCUGGUACUGUGACACGCUGUGUUCAAAUGAUACUGUUGAUUGGUAAUUAAUGGGGUCAUUGUUAUUGAAAACAUGAGCUAUACAAUAAAAUAUCUUCAUAAUAUAAAACUUUAAAAUUUAAAUGCUCUUUUGAAAACAAAUAAAAUCAUAGUUUUCUGAUAGAAAUGACUACAAAUGACAGUAUGCAUAGGAAUUAACUAAUUUGCAAACAUCUGGUUUUGAGUGGCAUGUGUAGGAGUCAGAGUUUCUACCUUUCACUCAAUCCUUUAUUCAGAUAGCUGCUACACUUGACUCCAUCCCCUUGCCUCAGUUAUUUAUUUGUCCCUUCCCCAAGAUUUGAGAAAGCCCGGUGAAAAGUGACAAAUAGGAUUGUUAGAUGACUCUAGCACAGUGCCUUAUAUACAGUAGUUGUAUUUACUGGGAGAAAUAAAGGUACAAAAAAAUGAUACUUUUAAAAACAUAAGCAUAAGAUGGAGGACAGGAACUAUAGAAAAUAGUUUGUGUGUGCUUGACCAGCUGACAGCAAGACUUUUUUUUAUGCAUUGUGCCAUACUUCCUUCCAUGGUAAGAGUUGGGGUUAACAAAGCUAGUUUUACAUAUACAGAUGAGAAUAUAAAAUACAAGUGCUACGUUAAUAGUUUUCCAGGGCAUAAGAGGGACUGGUCAGGUGUAUACUGGGGAGGUUCAAAGAGGCUUCAUAAGAUGAGCUCAACUUUCUAUGAAUUAACGUGAAAGAUACACGUUAUAAGGAUCAAAUCAAAUUAGAAAUGAACUCUUCCUGGAAGAACUUAUAGUCCAGAAGGAGGAGACCAACAGGUUACAUCCCAACUCCCCUUUCUCCUGAAGCUGAAGUAAACUAAUAGAACUCAAGGUUGAUAAGAUAUAAAAUUUUAUUUCUCAUGACCAGGUAAAGCAGAAAUAUGAAUUGGAGGCUGACUGUAACAUCAGGGCCUCUUCACCUUCUCUUCUCUCACGAUCUCAGUGGUGCUGUGGGAAGAGAGGAGGCUCCCAAUGGGGAAACCCAGGGAAAUAAAGAGUAACUGAGAACCCACACUGGAAGUAAUAUAUAUAACUAAUGCCACUGAUAGCCACAAGGGAAGUAGGAUAUAGAAGCCAAGAGGGGAAGAGCAACUGGAACUGUGCUAAAAAUGGUGGCAAGUCCAGUCUGGAGGCGGGGGUAUUCUAGUACAUGGAUAUGCACUAGCGGAAGACAGUUCCCAAUUUUAAAAUGCAAGCCAUAUAAAUGAAAAUUUUGAUCAUUUGUUCAUUUCAGUUUUGAAACAGAUAAAAAUAAAGAGAAUUGCAAAGACACCCUGAAUUAGAAAGUUAUGGCAAAUGGCAUUGGGGCCUUUAUGUAAUAACAGUUAAUAGGCACAUCUGUACAGCAGAAGAAAAUUCAAGGAAUUCAAGUACUUAUAUUACUUGGAGCUGAUUAUUAUUUUCACAGCUAUUGGUCAUUUAGACAGCUUUUAAAAACUCUGUUUUAUUGUGAAAUACUUGAGAUUGUUCUAGUUUGCUGUAGGAAGAAUGACUUCAUAAGAUAGAUUUUAAAAGUGUUCUGGGGAAUAGACACAAUAUUUAAAUAACCAAUAUAUACAAGUCUAUGUCAGAUGAGUAAAUAAUUCUCAAUAAAUUGGAUAUAUGCACUGUCUAGAAAAUCCUUUAGAAUCAAAUCAUAAUUAAUGACAGAUGUCUAUUAUAAUGCCAUAUAGAUUUUUUUAAUGCUAGAACAUUUUUUGGCAGAAAUCAAUGUUGCAUUAACUUGAACAGAAUUUCAUUAUCCAAUUAUGAAUCAAAAUACAAACAAAUCUUACAAACAGGGUUUUGAUUACUUAACACAGUAAAACUGUGAUUCCAAGUUACAGAGACAUUCACGUAACAGUAUUCUUUAGUUAUUGAAUAAUGGCUAUAUACUGAUGACAAUAAGAAUUAACAAUACUUUCUACUUAUGACAUUUAUCAAUAACAACUUUCGAUAAUUAUUAAUUAACAUGAUGGUCAUAUUGUAAUUACAAAUACAUUAUUAUGCUUGUACAAUAUGUGUGUGUAUGUGCAUGUAUUUCA